AUGUUGAGCGACGACAGAAAUUCGCCUGUUCUCACGAACGGUCACAGCGACUCGGACCAGGCGGAGGAAGAGCCCUCCCCGCGCGGCGCUCUCCGCAGACACAGGACCGCCUUCACGCGGGAGCAGCUCGCCCGCCUCGAGCAGGAGUACUGCAAGGAGAGCUACGUCUCGAGACCCAGGAGGUGCGAGCUCGCCGCCGCGCUCUGUCUGCCCGAGACCACGAUAAAGGUCUGGUUCCAGAACAGAAGGAUGAAAGACAAGCGACAAAGACACACUCUGAGCUGGCCUCACCCACUGGACCCCAGCCUGUAUGCCUACAUGAUGACGCAGGCAGCUGCCAGCCUCCCCUACUCCUCUUUCCUGCCUCACAUUCCCCUGCACCUUUACUCACACCUGGGUCUGAGCACCCCUGCGGCCCCCAGCCCCUUUGCCCCGCCCCUGAGGCCCCUGGAUUCUCUGAGGCUCUCCCAUGCUCCGUACCCGAGGCCAGACCUGCUGACGGGGUUGCGCCACCCCUCGUUCUAUCCCGCAACCUCCCCCUCACUUCAUCACCACCCCAGCUCCUGCCCCUGCUUCCUGUGCAGCAGUAACUCCUUGAGUCAGAGGGGGGUGGAGCUUACCAGAGGUCAGGUGUCACAGGGAGACAGCCUGCUGCAUCGCACUCCCUCCAUUGUGAAACCCACAGCCCUCUCCUUAGACAGGAGAGAGGAUAUGCCCUUAUCCAGAUGAAAAAGGAUGCUCUAUUAUAAGG